AUGCAUCUCCCCGCCCUCCUCACUGCUCUCUUCCUCUUCCUCCUCCCCGCCUCCGCCCAAUUCCAAUUCUUCGAGCAAAUGUUCAACCAAGGCGGCCAGCAGCAGCAAGCCCAACCGCAAAACAUGGGCUCCGACUCCGUGUGGUAUCAGCAGCAAUACGAAGCAGCCCCCUGCGACAAAUACCUCUGCCCUCAUACGCUCUCCUGCGUGCACUUCCCCCAUCACUGUCCCUGCGCCUUUCCCGACGUCGAGGAGAAGGUGGAGUUUGGCGACGGCAGCAUGGCGUGCGUGAGCAAAGGCGGGUUCAAAGAAGGCGAGGCGCUGCGGAAAAUCGAGUUGGCGCGGAAAGGCCUGUUAUGA